UUGUCAUCGUGACGGCUCGUCACAUGUCACGUGACAGCCCUAUCCUAGGGACUGCCCUGAACAUGCCGCAGCACAUCCUGCCGACUUCGUAUAUACGCGUUCGCUCCGCAGACCUUCAGCCGGCAGGACCCACUCUGCUUGUUCUCCCAUCCCAGGCUUUUGACCCAGACAAAAAUGCAGAAAAACAAAACAAGAAGGCAAAACAAGAGCAACUGCACAGGUUCGACUGGUUCCUCAGCAGGACCAGCCAUAAAAACAUCCCAGUCUGUACCCUCGAAGACCUCGGGGGGUAGCAGAGAACAAGUCAGGCAGGAGGAAGGAGAAGCAGAUAAGUUGAGCCAUCAGCGGGGAGCAGCAGGUGCAGCUCGAACCCCCAGCCAGAGCUCCAAGAAGGGAGAAGGUUCUGUUCCCCCGCUGCCCGAGCCAGAGGAUGUGGUUCUGGGCGUGACGCUGAAGCAGACUGAGCUGGAGGCCGUGGAGAAGCUGACGCGGGGACAAAGAAACAACCCCAAGUGGUUUGCUUGGCGUAAGAACCGCAUCACGGCCUCCAUCGCGCAUCGUGUCUCCCACAGCCGCUUCGUCUCUGGGAGCAGUCAGACCCCACCUGCCUCCUACCUGGCCUCCAUCGUUGGGGACGGCCCUCAUGUGAUGACACGGGCCAUGGCCUGGGGUGUGAAUAAGGAAUCGGUGGCAGCUCGGAGGUACCAGAAGCUGAAGAGUGAGGAGCUGCGCCGGGCCGUCUCUGUCCGGGACUGCGGCCUGUUCAUCCACCCGCAGAAAUCCUGGCUGGCAGCCAGCCCCGAUGGUAUUGUGGAGAUCCCGCAGAUCAGUGAGCGCCUCCUGCUGGAGAUCAAGUGUCCAUUCAAGCACCGGGAGAACACGGUGGCACAGGCCUGCCGGGAGGACCGCAGCUUCUGCCUGAAGCUGGCGGACGGGCCGUGCCCCUACCAGCUGAAGCAAGAGCACAGCUACUACACACAGGUGCAGUGCCAGAUGGCCGUGGUGGGCAUCCACAAGGCCGACUUUGUGGUGUACACUCAGCGCGAGACAGCUAUAGUGCCCGUGACCUUUGACCCUCACUUCUGGGCAUCUGUGGAGGACAAGCUGGAGAUGUUCUACAUGAAGGCUGUGGUGCCACAUGUGCGGGUGAACCCGGCCUUCCAGCGCGAGCUGUAGAGCCGUGGGACGAUUAAGGAAUUAACAAAACGAUUAAUUCAUAAGUCAGUGAAACCACACCCUUCACUGACAUUUCAACAAACAGUGCAGUCGUUAUGCAGAAUAAACAGCUCUUGGUGGUCAUCCUGGGGCGUCUUCCCAUGAGUAGGCUUUUCCUUCGUGACUUCUGCACAUCUGGACAGUGGUGCUGCAUUGUCCAAAAGACAAAGACUUGUAACUGUUUGAAAACAUUCACUGGCUUAAAAAAUACCACUGUGACAGAAAACUGGAAUAAACACCAGCUGCCUGGUGUUGAAACAGCCGGCCGGACAGAUUAAUCUCGACCCCUGCGAGUGAUAUGUGGGGUCAGGCAUGACGGGGAAGUCCGGGUAAAAAUGCAGCACAUUGUGUGAUGGGAUUCAGGGCCAAACACACAUGUCCCUCCUCCUGCCCAGCAGCCUCAGACGCUGAAAUGCUCAAGUUCUCUGCCAGAGUUGCUCCAAAAUAGUAGGAGUCUGGGGGAAAAAGUGAGACCCCAUCCAUAGCCACCUAAUGCUGCCUUUGUUUUCGUCUACAGCGACUGCAUGUGUUUUACUGCCAUUCAAUAAAUGACAAAGUACAAGCCUGGAAAACAUAGAAACAUUGAUUAGAAUGUUCUGGAAGCCCCAGAGCAUCACAAAAGGUGAAUGUAGCGCAGCAGGCGAGGGAUCUGUGCCUUUGUCCAGAAGGUUCUGGGUUUGAAUCCCACAUCUGGCAUAAUAGUCAUGUCACUGUUGGGCUUUUAACCUUAACUGCUUCAGGGAUGCUGGCCGGUCCUGGUCUCUGAUCCGCUGUUUUCCUCUCACUCGUACUUUUUUUGUCAAAUGUGUUAAAACAAAUAAAGGUGUUGAAUGAA